CAGGUUUUGCAUCGCUUCUAUACAUAUAUGUAUGUAAUCAUUUCAGACUUCAACUGGGAAAACAGAACAUUGUGCUGUUUCAUGUUUUCCUUCUGUCAUUUUCGCUUUUCACGUGCUCCUGAAGGGAGCUACUUUGUGCGUGACAAGAGUCUCAUGCGCUUCUGCACCGACACAAGGAUGAAUUUGAGUGCGAUUUAGCUGCCCUGGUCUACCUGUUGCCAGUGUUCCCUCUUCUUGACUUUCGACGCAACGGGCGUGUCUCGCUGCCGCUUCACCCCUGUUCCUUUUGUAAAGCCGUUGAGGUCCUAGAGUGCCUGUAGGCGAAGAUCGUCGAGGAUGGAAACCAAUAUUCACAGCGUAAAUUCUCAAAUGCUGCUCCUCAAGUUCUUGCAGCGAUUAUAACAGUCGGGGAAGACGUAGUGGCCUCAUCAUUUUCUACGAAGGUUCCGUCGCUGUACCUCUGCCGUAGAAACGUCCAGCACCUGCGCGUGGCGGGAAUAGGCAGAACUGUGGCGUGCAUACACAAAUACAAAAAGUCACCUUUCGUUCUAACAAAAACUGUGAACGGUUCACUCUGAAGACAAAUGGGGCAUGGAUUCUUUCUUCCGUUCCAAACUUCACCAGAGAGGCGGACAUGCUGCCUAUGUGUCUUCUGUUGUCCUCGCCUUCUUCCGUCUCUCCUCGUGUCUCGUUUGUCGCAUGCAUUCGCGCCGAAGCUCGACAAAUCUUCUGUGUCGACUGCGUCUGCUUCGUAGAAAGACAGGCUUCAGUCAAAAUCAAACACUUUGUCAGUUCUGCGCGGCAGAAACUUGCGAACCGUGGGCGACAAAUCACUUUUGUCGAUUGCCAGGGUCUUUUAUUCUGCGGGGCUGUUGCCUGACCUCCAUAACCGAGGCUACCAUUCUUCUCCACUUUCUCUUUGUUUCUUCUUCGGCUUGGUUCUUCGGUUUUUCUCGCGAAGCGUCUAGAAGAUGUCUUCUGAGUGUGCUUCGUGCACACUUCCUCUGAAGGAAGUGAAGUGAAGGUGCUCUACUUCGUCGGUUCGGCCAGUUUUGUGAAGUUUCUGUGAAAAGAUUCGACUCUGCUGCCCCAGAUUCGACUUUUUUCCUGUCGAUCCUCUUUUGAAGAACCGUCGCCUACAAACUACUGCGUGUCGAAUCAGUACAGAAGACAAGCGGGAUACCGCUUAACUGAGUCUGAGGUCUUUCAGGGUCUCUUAUCCCAGUCUUUUCAAGAAUCGUUACUGCCGCUGACGACACUGCCACCGCCUUCUCUUGCUUUUGAAUAUUUUUAUCCCAAAGGGAUCUUUUUUCGUCCUUGAGAGAUCAUUGGCAGAAAACGAAACAAGGGUCUGCACAGUCACAAAAUGUCGUCUUUCAUUCUUUUCAGCUCGGCCCAGAGACACCUGUGACUGCACUUGUUUCCUGAGGCGCAGGUGAAACAAAAUCUCCUCGUUUUUUCACCAGUCUCCCUUCGGUUCUUUUGCCUUCCUCCGGAUGCCUUUGUCUCUUUUCUCCCCACUGCGUACUUUCCUUUAUUUUCUGUCGAGGUUUCGUAUUUUCGUGAUCACCCGCGCUACGCACAGGUUUCUUUUUCUUUCUCCAUGUUUUCUUCGUCGAAUUACUGAAGGGAAAGUCCCCGUGUCUGGUGUUCAGCCUGCGCCGUGGGUGUUCGUGUGACUGUUCGAAAGUGCCGGAGUUCUGCGAGCCGCGAAAACAUCGUGUGGAGUUUUUGCGAAUCGUCUGCCUUUCUCAGCGGGGACUCCGCGGACUGCCAAUUUCCUUUUAUGCUUGUCUCUAAAUUUGUCACAGAAACGUCUUGUCUUUUGUCGAUUCGUCCUUUUUCAACCGUUCGUUUUUCUGCUCUUCGAGGUCACUAUCACUGGACGGGUCCACCGGUCUUGACUUCUCUGCUUCCCUACUGCUUCUGCCUGUUCCUGCCUCCUCCCCGCCCCCGUGGUUCUUCCUCUCGGUACACGCUUGUCGAAUCGUCCAGGCUGUCCGCACCUCUACACCUCUGCCCCGAUCUGUAAGAAUCAACAGUAAAUGCCGGACUACAUAAAUAUCUCCGAACAGUUCCAUAUUUACAAGUAUUUCUGGGUUUCAACGCCGGUCAGAUACGGUCACGUCCAAGAUGAGUGGGGGGCUUACCUGCGAUGAUGGGCCUCGCCACACAGGCCUUCUUGUGGGCUUCCAUCACUCUGGUCGACAAGUAUCCCUCGACGCCGUGUCAGACAAUUCAGACUGCGCGCGACCGCGUCCAUCGGAGCCCGAACGACGUUCCUCUCUCCUCUCGCAGCCUCGCGUUCGGUCUCAAGGCUCGACUUCUCUGGACGCAAGACCCCGUCCGCUCGAUGCAGAUUUCGGACCCCGUUAUUCUCGGCAAAACUCGGGCAGAGGCCUAAGGCCCGAGGCGAGAGAGGACGAAGACGACGACGAAGGCUGCUCAGUCUCAGUUCGAAGCCGGGUCCACGCCGACGGCCACCGAGAGGCGCAGAUCUCUUUCCAUCCGACGACCAAGCGAGGCAAUGCGUGCUUCCACGCGAGUGAAGACGAACCUGGCGACACUUGCGCUGAGGCGGCCGAGCAACAACUCCAGGCUCUCGACGCGCUUCUCGGAAACCUCUCUCGCGCUGUCGAAGAAGUCGCCGAAUCCAAGAGACAGGGUGCAGAUGCACUCAAAAAACACCAAGUCAAAGUCCAACGAAUUCAACAGGAGAUCGACACAAACAUCUCGGCACUCGAUUUGGAACUCCGCUGCAUUGCGUCGUCUCUGAAGCCGUCGUAUCGGUCCUCUUUACUCGCGCAAAGACAACAGAAGCAGCAACAGGCAGCUGCUCUGGGAAGGGCGUACGAGGAUGCCGUUCUCUCCAUCACGACUGAAGAACUCCUCGCCUACGGGGCGGCUGCCGAUGAAGGCGGCGGCCACGAGGCGUUGGGUGGAGAGCACAUGCGGCAGACGCUUGUUCAGGCCGGAGAUGAAAUUCAAGAUAAAACAGAGGCGUCUAUCAAUCGGACGAAGCACAUGGUAGGCGAAAUGGAGGAAAUGGGCGCCCAAAUUCUUACAAAAAUGGACGAGCAGACCGAACAGCUUCGGAAGGCCAACCAGGAUUUAGACGACGCACAUUACAACGUAGAUCGCGCAAAGAAAACAGCGAUUACUCUCGCGAAAAAUGCGGCAGGCGAUCGAUUUUCUCAGUGUUUGUGUCUGUUCAUUUUUUUGUUUCUUGUCAUCGCCAUCGUGCUCGUUUGUGUUCCACGGUGAGAGUCAGCAGGGCAGGUCCCUGUACCCUGGUGGGCACUGCAUGGCUGUGACUGGGGAACUCUGUAAGGACAGCUACUUCCAAAGACUGCAUCUCUACUCGCUCUCUGCGUUGUCAGUGCAGCGGGAAGACGUCUUACUGGGAAUGAC